GGCACACAAUGGCGGCCGCUUCGCGGGUGUUUUCUUUCCGCGAUGCUCGCUGGGCCCCGGACCCGGUGCUGGAGCCGAGCGCGGCUGUGCGGACACCGCACCCGGUACCGCUGGUGAUCGAUAACGGCUCCUUCCAGACCCGGGCGGGCUGGGCUUCCCCGGAUCCUUCCGUCCCGGCCGAGCCCCUGCUGCGGUUCCGCUCUCUGGCAGCGCGCAGCCGCGGGGCCCGCGGCGGGACCGGGACCGAGACUCAGGUGGGGAACGACCUGGGCAGCCCCGAACCCCUGCGCUGGCUGCUCCGCUCGCCCUUCGACCGCAACGUCCCGGUCCAGCUGGAGCUCCAGGAGCUGCUCCUCGACCACGUCUUCCAGCGCCUCGGCGUCACCUCCCAGGGUUGUGUUGAUCAUCCAAUUGUUCUGACAGAAGCUGUGUGCAAUCCUCUGUAUUCAAGACAAAUGAUGUCUGAGCUCCUCUUUGAAUGUUACCAAGUGCCUAAAGUGUCCUAUGGUGUAGAUAGCUUGUACAGUUUUUACCACAACAGAAGACAGAGCUGGCCUUGCAGUGGUUUGGUCAUAUCUUCAGGCUAUCAGUGUACACACAUUUUGCCAGUCUUAGAGGGCAGGCUGGAUGCUAAAAACUGCAAACGGAUCAACCUGGGAGGGUGCCAGGCAGCCGUGUAUCUCCAGCGCCUCCUGCAGCUCAAGUACCCGGGACACUUCGCUGCCAUCACCCUCAGUCGCAUGGAGGAAAUCCUGCAUGAGCACAGCUACAUUGCAGAGGACUACAUAGAGGAGCUACAGAAGUGGAGGUCCCCAGAGUACUAUGAGGACAACAUGCACAAGAUGCAGCUGCCCUUCUCUAACAAGCUGCUGGGAAGCACUCUGACAUCAGAGGAGAAGCAGGAGAGGAGGCAGCAGCAGCUGCGGCGCCUCCAGGAGCUCAAUGCACGGCGUCGGGAAGAGAAGCUGCAGCUUGACCAGGAGAGGCUGGACAGGCUACUCUAUGUGCAGGAACUUUUAGAAGAUGGUCAAAUGGAUCAGUUCCAUAAAGCUUUGGUGGAGCUGAACAUGGACUCUGCAGAAGAACUUCAGUCUUACAUCAACAAGUUGAGUCUGUCUGUAGAACAAACAAAGCAGAAAAUCCUACAAGCAGAAGUCAGUAUUGAAGUAGAUGUUGUGGACAGCAAGCCAGAGACUCCUGACUUGGAGCCAUUGGGCAGUGAACAGUCCCUGGAGGAUGUGGAAAGUAUUAAUGAGUUUGAACCUUUAUUUGCUGAAGAACAACCUGAAGCUGAGAAGCCUGUUGCUGCAGUGCAGCCUGUGUUUAACCUGGCAGAGUACCACCAGCUUUUUCUUGGCACUGAAAGAAUCAGAGCUCCAGAGAUUAUCUUCCAGCCCUCUUUGAUAGGAGAAGACCAGGCUGGUAUAGCAGAAACUAUGCAGUAUGUCCUUGAGAGGUAUCCAAAGGAGCAACAAGCUACUCUUGUCCAGAAUGUUUUUCUCACUGGUGGAAAUACAAUGUACCCUGGACUGAAAGCCAGGGUGCAGAAGGAACUCCUUGAAAUGAGGCCAUUCCAGUCAUCUUUUCAGGUUCACCUUGCUUCCAGCCCUGUUUUAGAUGCCUGGUAUGGAGCUAGGGAUUGGGCAGUGGAAUACAUGAGCCGUGAGGAAGGUUGGAUAACCAGGAAAGACUAUGAAGAAAAAGGGGGAGAAUACCUCAAGGAACACUGUGCUUCAAAUGUCUAUGUCCCCAUUCGCCUUCCAAAGCAGCCUCCAAGGACAGCAGAGGCAGUGGCACCUGGCAGGGCACUGCCCCCCAGCACAGGCAAUCCUUGUGAGCAGCCAUAGCACCUCCACGGGCUCAGCCCUGCAGGGAGGGAACAGUACAGAGCUUGGAUCAGGAGCUGUGUGUGGGACACAGGCACAGCCUCACCUUGCUGCCUACUCAGAGCACUGAGCAUCUCAUCCAGUCCCUGGGAGGAGGAGGACAAAUCCUGCUGGGGUGCUGGUAGCACUUGCAAGGCUUGGAGCUGCUUGUGCACUGCACCAGAGUGUGCCUCAGCAAGGAGCAACACGACAGAAGUGCAUUCCAGGGAAAAAUACUGCCUUGUAAACUGCCCUAGCAGGGCUCGGGGGGGGUUGAAAGUGUAGUUUUCCAGCUUUUUAAAAUUUAAUUUGAAUUAAAGGUUUUAAAGGGCUUUUACUGCCUUGCAUCAAGCCAGUCAGCCCAGCAGGUGUCCCCUUGGCUCCUUGCAGCAAUCGAGUGUCAGGACACGUUGGGCAUGGCAUGUCCUGCUGCUGGAGGCCACUGGGGCUGAGCUGUGCCUUUCCUCCUGAGGCCUCACCUCUCCUUGGAUUUCCUUCCUGCUGCACACUUUCUGCUAAACCGCAGUGGGAUUUCAGGUACCUUUUGACUUUGUUUCCAUUCAGUGAUAUUGAUGUCUUGGUUGAAACUGACCAAACAAAGCACUGUGCAGCUGUAAAGACAGAGCCAUCAAGGAACCUCAGACCAGGACUGUCAGUUCUUGUGCAGUCCUAAAGAGUUUUAAAGAGUGUUGGCUCUUGAUUGGUGGGAG